AUGAACAUGAAGCUGUCAAAGGAAAGUGAUGGAAGCAGAGAACCAUUGGUUCACAAGGAUACGGCUGAAUCAAAACCGGAGCAGCCAUGGAUGGUUUAUCUCAGCACAUUUGUUGCAGUUUGUGGCUCUUUUGCGUUUGGUUCUUGUGCUGGAUACUCUUCACCUGCUCAGGCUGCAAUUAGGAAUGAUGUUUCUCUGACUAUAGCUGAGUUUUCACUCUUCGGCUCUUUACUGACUUUUGGUGCUAUGAUCGGCGCUAUCACAAGCGGGCCUAUAGCUGAUUUAAUUGGAAGAAAAGGGGCGAUGAGAGUUUCUUCUGCGUUCUGUGUGGUCGGGUGGCUAGCAAUCUUCUUUGCCAAGGGAGUAGUGCCACUGGACCUCGGUAGACUAGCAACAGGAUACGGAAUGGGAGCAUUCUCCUAUGUGGUACCAAUUUUUAUAGCGGAAAUUGCACCUAAAACCUUCCGAGGAGCUCUAACCACACUUAAUCAGAUUAUGAUCUGCACCGGAGUGUCAGUUUCCUUCAUUAUAGGCACAAUAGUCACGUGGAGAGUGUUAGCACUAAUAGGAAUCAUCCCAUGCGCUGUCUCCUUUCUUGGUCUCUUUUGUAUCCCUGAGUCUCCAAGAUGGCUGGCAAAGAUGGGGCGUGAUACAGAGUUUAAAGCUGCACUGAGGAAGCUCCGUGGGAAGAAUGCUGAUAUAUCAGAGGAGGCAGCAGAGAUUCAGGAUUAUAUCGAAACUCUGGAAAAGCUUCCGAAAGCCAACAUGCUGGAUUUGUUUCAGAGGAGAUACAUACGCUCUGUUCUUAUAGCAUUCGGGUUGAUGGUGUUUCAGCAGUUUGGAGGAAUCAACGGGAUCUGUUUCUACACAAGCUCUAUAUUUGAGCAAGCAGGUUUCCCCACAACACUUGGGAUGAUAAUAUAUGCUGUUCUUCAGGUGGUAAUCACUGCGCUUAACGCACCAAUAGUUGACAGAGCCGGAAGAAAGCCAUUGCUACUGGUUUCUGCAACAGGGUUAGUGAUAGGCUGUUUGAUCACAGCGGUCUCGUUCUAUCUCAAGACUCACGACAUGGCACCUAAAGCAGUCCCAGUCCUUGCUGUCGUUGGUAUAAUGGUGUACAUAGGAUCUUUUUCAGCAGGAAUGGGAGCAAUGCCAUGGGUCGUCAUGUCUGAGAUAUUUCCGAUAAAUAUAAAAGGAGUAGCAGGAGGCAUGGCGACACUAGUGAACUGGUUUGGAGCUUGGGCUGUUUCUUACACUUUCAACUUCCUCAUGUCUUGGAGCUCUUAUGGAACUUUCAUCAUUUACGCUGUGAUCAAUGCGUUGGCCAUCGUCUUUGUCAUCGUUGUGGUGCCUGAAACUAAAGGGAAGACUUUGGAGCAGAUUCAAGCUGUGGUUAAUCCAUAG